AAGGAUAGUGGCUGUCGGUAUCGGUCAGAAUGCUCUGGUGCUAAUGUCACUGGAUAUGUGGACAUCCCGUCUGGGCAGGAAAAGGCUCUUUUAAAAGCUGUGGCCACAGUGGGUCCCAUCUCUGUUGCUGUUGAUGCAGGACAUCCAUCCUUCCAGUUCUAUCGCUCUGGUGUUUAUUAUGAACCAGAAUGCAGUAGUGAACAGCUAGAUCAUGGCGUGCUGGUUGUGGGCUACGGUGUCGACAGAAUGAAUGGAAAGAAAUACUGGAUUGUCAAGAACAGCUGGGGUGAAGAGUGGGGCGACAGGGGGUAUGUUUUGAUGAUCAGGGAUCAGAGUAACCACUGUGGAAUAGCAACAGCCGCCAGCUAUCCUAAAGUAUGAUGUGAUUGAUGGAGGACUGCUUCACAGAGAUGGGAUCUGACCUGUAUCAUUUGGGAUCAAACACUUGAGUCACCCAGGAUCCCAAGUUGUAAUUUGAGUUUCUUUUGACAUUUUUACCUUUGUGAAAUGUAAACACUACUUUGUUAUAAAUAGCUUGUAAUAUUGCUUAAUUCAAAAACUUAUAAAUUCACAUUUUAAAAUUGUAUGUAUGAAGCUUUACCUUUUUAAAUAAACCUUGAUUCAAUAUAUAUGAA